GCCAGCGGCGUCGGGGAACAAGGGCAAAGGUGGAUGCUGUGCACUCGGGUUCUUUGGGGGGGGGAGCCUCGAUCGUCAUCCUAGUCCGUAGCGACGUUGGCUAUGGGGAGCAGUGGUACGAGCGGGAUGGCUCUUUGCCUCCUGGUGGUGCUCGCGGCCGAGCUGGUGACGCGGGUACCCGCGCAGAACGAGGACAACAUCUCCAUCAAGACCGUGAAAACGUGGUCGGAAAAACUGGGCUUCGAGCUGCAGCAGCUCGGCAAGUACGUCACGCAGAUCGACAAGUUCCACGAGAACUACAAAGACGUGGAAAUAAAGCUGAUAGUCGGCAAGAGCCUGGUCGAGACGAUAGCCAGCCACAUCGAGGUGAUGAUGAGGUCGAAGGUGGACGCGAUCCAGCGCAUAAUGGAUGUGGCCGAGUCCUCGGCCCUCGCGUCCUCGCUGAUCGAGAGCGAGCGCGAGCAGCCCAUUGACGAGAGCUACACGUACAAGGACGCGAAGAACUACUCGCAAGUGACGACGAGCUACAGCGAGCACUUUGGCGGCGACGUCAAUCUCAAUUACUCGGCGGUCCACGUGCCCACUACAGUCUACGGCCGAGCCAAGGAGACCCUACGGGCCAUCAGGUGGUCCGAGGAGCUCGACAACACCUUCAAGUACAACUACAAACAGGACCCGUCCCUCUCCUGGCAGUACUUUGGCAGCUCGACCGGUUUCAUGCGGCACUACCCGGCCCUGCACUGGAAGCCCAACGGCAGCAAUCCCCACGACCCGGAUCUCUUCGACUGCCGGACACGGAGCUGGUACAUCGAGGCUGCCAACAGUCCCAAAGACGUUCUCAUCCUCGUCGACACUUCGGGCAGCAUGACCGGCAUGCGCAAGGAGAUUGCCCGGCACGUCGUCAACAACAUACUCGACACCCUCGGCAACAACGACUACGUCAACAUCGUCAAGUUUUCCAACAUCACCGAGCAGGCGGUGCCUUGUUUCGAGGACAGCCUGGUCCAGGCCAACCUGGCUAACAUCCGGGAGCUGAAGAUCGGUAUAGCGGAGAUGAACACCGAGAGGAUAGCCAACUUCUCGAUGAUCCUCACGUACGCGUUCGAGCUGCUCCAGGAGUUCAGGGAGACGCGCCGGGGUGCUUGUUGUAACCAGGCCAUCAUGCUCGUCACGGACGGGGUGCCGGACAAUUACAAGGAGAUCUUUCAGCGCUUCAAUUGGGCCGACAGUCCAGAGAACCCGGACAGGGCGGACAUGCCGGUGCGGAUAUUCACGUAUCUCAUCGGCAGGGAGGUCGCCGACGUCAGGGACUCGAGGUGGAUGGCCUGCGCUAAUCGCGGCUACUUUGUCCACCUGUCGACCCUCGCCGAGGUCAGGGAACAGGUCUUGAAUUACAUAUCGGUGAUGGCUCGGCCCCUGGUGCUCAACCUGACGACCCACCCGACAGUGUGGACGCCGGUUUACGCGGACAUUGCCGAUCCGAAGAUCACAGACUGGCUCUGGGACAAGAAGGAGCGCAACGACCAGAAGGAGCGCUACUGGAUCUACCGCAGGAACAAGAAGCUCAGGAACCUGCCCAAGGAGCUCGAGCAGUACGUCAAGAGGACCAAGAAGAAUCCCAACCUCGCCGGUGACAUGUACAAGUACCGGCUCAUGACGUCGGUCAGUAUGCCGGUCUUCGAUCGGCGCGAGAACGCGAACAUCACAGAAUGGGUGCUGAUCAAAAACGCCUACUGGGUUACAGAGACGAGAGAGACGAGAAUAGCCAAUCUCCUUGGCGUUGCCGGGACCGACGUCCCCAUUGAUGAUAUCAAGCUGCUCAUGAUGCCUCACAUGCUGGGAGUUCACGGUUACGCUUUCAUCGUGACGAACAACGGUUACAUCCUCACCCACCCGGAUCUCAGACCAGUGAAGCUGAUUUCAUCUGCUUAUCAAGUUGUACUUGAUAAAGCUUACUUCUCAACUUUGCCAUUGCAUUCUUACGAUUUUUCAAUUGUGACCUAUCUGUCUGACAUUCGACCACUGUUCCAAGAUAUCUCUUCCAGGUAUCACUUCGAGAACGCUUAUAAUUUCGCCACCCCGGAAGAGGAGCUCAAGCACUUUUUGACCAAAUCGACCCAGCCUUUCUGGAGAUGGGGCACCAUGCCCUCCGAGCAAUCGGCACGUAAGUUUCACCAAAGCGGUAAAAAGUCCGACGAGACGGAUUCCCGUUACUGCGACAGGGACCUCAUCAUGAACCUGGUGUUUGACGCCAUGACGACCCAGUGGUUCGCCGAUCCGCGCACCAGCCGCAAACCGGAGGAAGGACCUUUAGCUAGGCUGAUGAAGCUCCUGUCCAGGGCGGAGUUCCACCAGCGCUUCGGCUACACCCUGAGCUUCGUGGCGACGCGCAGCGGCCUGACCAGGUGGCAGGACUUCAUAAUCGACGAGUCCGAGGCACCGAGCGAACCACCCCCGGACCACUUCAGCCGCCUGUACCCCCGAGCCAUCGACGAGACCUGGUACAAACGAGCCGUCGAGCAGUACUACGUCCAACCGGACAGCUUCGUCUUCUCCAUACCCAUCGACGACGAGGGCGCCACCAACUCCACCCUCGUCACCGCGAGCCGAGCCAUCUUCGUUGGUAACGAAACUAUGAAGGCACCGGCCGCUGUGGUCGGCUUCCAGAUGACCCACACGGCCUUCCAGGGCUUCUUCCAGAACAUAACUUACGGCUGCAACGGCGACAAAAAGUGCGUGAGGCACUGUGGCGACGACGACAUGGAGUGUUACCUCGUCGACAACCACGGCUACAUCAUUGCGGCGAAGGAGGCGACCAAGGCCGGCCGGUUCCUCGGCGAAGUCAACGGCCUCGUGAUGAACAGCCUCGUCGAGCGCGAGGUCUUCGAGAGGAUCGCCGUCUUUGACUACCAGGCGGUCUGUUUCAGGGACACGGGCGAGUCCAACGACGGCCACAUCCUCCUAUCGCCCCUGAAGACGCUGGCGUUCGCGGCCUCGUGGCUGUACGGCCAGCUGGCGUUCGCCUUGGCCAGGAUGGGCCUGUGGAGCCGAGAGUACGCCGAGGCGGUGGCCUACCCGAGCGACGACGAGAUGGAGCUCGACAAGGCGACCGAGGCCGAGGAGAUGGAGCCCGAGACGAUCCAGGAGAACGUCAACAAGCCCGCGGCCGAGGUCAAGGACGACUUCAUCUACGACCAGUUCAUCCGGAUUCGCCGCACGAGACCCGAACCCUGCGACCAGAUGACGACCCUGUACUUGCUGCGCAACGUGACGGAGACCAACGCCGUCUACGACAACCCGAACGAGGGCAUAGUGGGCUGCGACUACCUGAAGUACAUCGUCCAGCCGGUGGCGCACACCAACAUGAUACUCCUGGUGAUAGACACGCGGGGCUGCCGGGUGGUCACGUACAAGAUGUCGGUCGAGCCCCAGGAGAUAACUCUGGGCAACAGUUCGCUCGCCUGCGUCAAGAAGAUGAGCAGUUUGCCCCGGGUACGGCCGGCGAGUUGUAUACGCAGCCAUCCGCGCGAGAGCGAGAUCAAGGACCUUUGCGGACGCGCGGCACACGGCUCGAGGCUCGAUCUCCGGCUCCUGGUGGCUCUGUUGCUCGUAGCUGCCCGGUAUCUGCCCCACUGAGUGUACACUGUUUUCAUUGUCCUUUCGGUUCAUCUCUCGCUCGAGCGUCAAAAGUCCCGGAGGAGUUGGAUCGGUCGGCGAGACAGGGCGCCGGCGCCCGUCGCGCGCUUGUUUUCGCUCCAAGUGCUCAAGCCGAUGGUCAAGUCUAUACAUAUAGGGUCCGAGUGCGCGAGGGGAACUUUUUCUAUAAUCGAGCCACUCUUUUUCCACGAGCCAAAUGUCAAACUUACACUAUUCACACACAUGUCGACAGGCAACGAAAGAUAGACACGCGCAUGUGGGAACGACAAGCUUAUUGUAUCAGACACAUGAUAUAGUACAUAUAUAUAUAUAUAUAUAUUAUAAACUAUGGACAGGUGUAAAUUUGGGUGCCAGAGAAAUUGUUGUUGAUUAUAUUAUGCGUUGCUUUAUACGUAUACACGUAGUUGAGUUGCCGUAUUGAUGUUAUUAUCAUGAUACUUCGUGUUGUCUUUGUUGUUUUCACAAGUGGACAAGUCGAGUCGAAAUUUUAAGAGAUUUCUAUGAGGAUCGUUGAUUUUGGAGAAUUCUAUCGAGCUUGCAGACGUCACAGCCCCUUGUUUUCUUGCUUUUUUUUUUUUUUUACCAAUCUGUUGAAAAUUAUGCGUUUCGUUGUCAAGUGUUGUUACUACGUACGUGAUCUCAAUUAAAUUGUCGGGUUUGCACUGUUUGUUUAUUUUUAAACACUCGGUUUGGCGGUACGUUUUGUUGAUGAUUAGAGUUUUAAGGGAUCGUUGAUGUGAGAUGGACGUGUAUAUUUUAUUAUCUUGAGCUAAAGUAUCUUUUCGUUUGAGCCGAAACGUUGGUUGACAAAUCGUGUUGAGGAAACAAACACAAACAAUGGUACAACUCGGGGCUCAAAGACUGUUCUCUGUAAGCAUUAUCUUCGUUGUUCAAGAGUAAAUGAAAAGUAAAAAAUAAAAAAAUGAAAAAUUUUAUUCGUACUGCCCAUGAUGCAAUACGAGAUGCGUUUUCUGUACACAUUUUAUGUAUGUACACACAAACAGCACUGUCUACGGCCAUUGCCAAUACGUGGUAUGACUCGGCUGUUGUGUUUAAAAAGGCUUUCUUCGAUGAGCAAGCAUUUUCGAAUUUUGAAACUCAUUGAGCUCCAUUUCAAAUGCAUAUAUACGUACUAAGAGUAAAAUAAAUCGUAUAUUUAUCGGUAAGUUUCGGUGAUAAGUGAUUUUUCAAGUCAUUGAAUACCUUUCUAUAACAGUAUAAGGAACAAAAACCAAAAAUCACAGACAAAUUAAUGAAUAAGUGCAAUACAAUGGACUUAUGAGGAGAGCACGCAGUUUACAAUGUGUAUAACAUGCACAUACACUCUACCUUGUAAAAGCCACUGCUAUUACUACUGAUUACUAUAACUACCGUUACAAAAAAUUCGUACAUUCGCGCUUUGUACAUUUAUCGAAUUAUACAAGAUAUGUAAUUUACUAUUUAUAGAGACCAUAACUAUUAUUAAUUUUGUAAAUUACUGUAAAAUAUAUAUAAAAUCCAAAGAAUGUAAAAUUGUGUGCCUUUGGUCACGCGGUUAAAGCAGAUCUUGUUGUAUGUUUUUCAAAUAAAUCACUAAAUUCUUCU